CUUCUUUUUCGAACGCGCCCCCGACAAGAAGCCGUUUCAUUCGGAUUGGAGAAAAUCUAUCUGACCCCCCCCCACCCGCUUAGACCUGUAUCCAAAGCGGAUACAAUCCUCUCUUUUUCCUUCAUCCAGUUGCUAUGGCCUAGACUACUUUGGAUAUUCCUGACUUUAUGCGCAUCACCCGACUCACUGUGCGGAUGUGACGUGCAUUCGUCUUCCUGUUUUCCUGUCUUCCCUGAUGUUUGGUUGGCCGGGCUACCGACCCUCUGUCCUUUGGCUUGCCGCAAAUCAACCUCCAGUUUCCGUCCUUAUGGAACACACGAGGCACACGUGCAGCCCUUCAUCCAUCCACCAACCCACUGCCGCCAGCAGACACCCCAAGCCGCUAGUCCACGAAGGGCAUGCAUGAAGUCGGGAUGA